AUGCACGUGUCCCGGAACAAGGCAAACGUGCAGAUUUCCGGUGUUGGUCAAGUACCUACAAAAACUUCGCAGAAGGUUCGAGCCACGGUCAAGUCCAGAUUGUCGAAGUACUGCGAGGUCAUGGAGUUUUACGUUUUGGCCAAGGUGACUGAAGAUCUACCAACCUCCCCGGUGGAACCAACUAGCUGGACUGUUCCCGAAGGUGUCCAACUGGCGGACCCUGAAUUCUUCAGAACCAACCCUAUUGAUGUUUUGCUCGGCGGAGAGUUCUUCUUUAACUUCUUCCCAUCCAAACAGAGGAUCUCGCUUGGAGCAGGAUUACCAUCCCUGGUCGAAUCGGUGUUCGGCUGGAUCGUGACUGGCAGGUGUGGCUGGAACCGUGGUGAAGCACCGAUCGUAUGCCAGCAUUCAACCGUAACAGAAACCUUGGAGGAGAUUAUGACCAAAUUCUGGGAAUGCGAGGACGGAGGAUUUACUUCCGAUUAUUCCGUGGAGGAGAGCACGUGCGAGGACCACUACGUACGCACCGUCAAGCGAGGUGGAGACGGUCGGUACACCGUUGGAAUGCCAAAGUCGGCUGAUUUGCACAUCAAGCUAGGAGAAUCGAAAAGCGCUGCUGAUCGUCGUCUUCUUUUCCUUGAGAGAAGGUUGGCUCGCGACGAUGACCUGAAGAAGGAGUACCAUGCGUUCAUGAAGGAUUACUUGGACAGGAACCACAUGUGCAAGAUCAUCGAAGACCCGACAAGCACCGCGACCACCUACUACCUCCCACACCACCCCGUCAUCCGAAGUUCCAGCACAACAACGCGCGUCCGUGUCGUAUUUGAUGCUCAUCAGGACGACCUGCGCACCAUCAUCUCCCGAAGCCGCCUGUUUCCCAUCCUUCUCGUCGCAGACGUGGAGAAAAUGUUUCGGCAGAUUCGGAUGGACGCCGAGGACCUACCGCUGCAGAGAAUUCGCUGGCGCUUCUCGGAGGACGAUCCCAUCGACACGUACGAGCUGCUAACCGUGACGUACGGCACCAAACCGGCGCCGUUCCUGGCCACCCGAACCCUGAAGCAGCUGUCCGUCGAUGAUGCAACCAAGUACCCACUGGCCGCCGUGAGGAUCGCGCGAGAUGUUUACAUGGACGAUGUAAUCACUGGUGCAUACCACCCUGCCGAAGCGAAACAAAUUCGUGAACAACUGGACACGAUGACGCUGGGAGCAGGUUUUCCGCUUCGCAAGUGGGUCUCCAACUGUGAGGAAGCGCUCGAGGGUGUGAGUGAGGACAACUUGGCGCUACCGAGAGAGACGGGGAUCGAUUUCGACGAAGAGAGGACCGUGAAGACUCUUGGGUUGGUCUGGGAGCCGAAAACUGACACGUUCCGCUUCAAGAUUGAGUCGACGCUGAUCCCACCGAACGAGCUGACCAAGGCCAAAAUACUCUCUAUCAUUGCCAAAAUUUUCGAUCCUUUGGGGCUUGUUGGACCGGUGGUGGCUAAGGCAAAGAUCUUUAUGCAGGGAAUCUGGGAGCUGAAGAACGCGAAGGGCAAACCCUGGGACUGGAACGAUCCUCUGCCGAAGUCGAUGCUGGACGAGUGGAUGCAGUUCUACGAGCAGCUGCACUACCUGAACAACCUGCGGAUUCCAAGAUUCGCUAUGAUUCCCAAUCCAAUCCACAUUCAACUCCACUUUUGUAGCGAUGCUUCCGAGAAGGCACUGGGGGCGAAUCUCGACAACCCAUUCCCCGGCUCGAGCUGA